CAACAUGGCCGAUGGCUGAAUUUAUAACCAAAUACCAAAUAAUGAAUAAAUAGUAGAAUUUAGAUCCAGAGUCUAGAUCUAGAACUGAAUUGUAUGAACUGAAACGAAACCAGUAGCCUAUAGAAGGAUGAAUAUACAAGAACUAUGCAGAUGUUUUCCUGACAAUAUUUUAUGUAUCUAAUUAUAAUAAUCAUAUUUGAGAUGAGUAUUGCUGGUAGAAGUGACUGUCGCUUAGAUGAUUGCUAUGCAAUAAAGCCCAUCAAUAAAUCACUUCAAAAUAUUCAGAGUGAGUGUGCAGAAGAAAAACUCUCAUCCACUAAAGGAGAAGAUGAAAAGCAACCAGGUCAUAGGAGAAGUGCAUCCCAGUCAUUAUCACCAACAUAUCCAAAGUAUCAGAGAUUUAAUUCCUAUCAACCAUCCACAAAUGAUUCAUCUAAAAGUGGUGAGAACACAGCAGGUUUGAGACCCUGCAAGUCAGAAGAUUAUUUAGUGAACAGGCUUCUAAUUGUAUCUAGUAAAAUAAGGAAUGUUGUCUCUAUUAGACAUGCACUUGUUCCUGGGGUGUAUUGCAUUCAAUACAACUAUGAUUCUUCUACGCUAGAUGACAUUGAAACAAUGAUAGCGCAAACUAUCAAUGGCAAAAAAGUUCAAAGUAUUGCAUUUAUUAUUCAUUGCACUGGAUCCUCCCUUUUUCUUUCUGCUAAGGAAGACAAGAACAUUAAUAAAGAUGGAAGUCUUGAUAAAUCAGUUCAAGAGUUCUUCUUGCACAUUGUUCAAAAUCAUUUUUCGCAUGUUAAUGCAUCAUCUAGAAUAGAUUUUCUUGGGUGGCAUUGUCUACAGAAUACAGAUACAGUUCCUCCAUUUGUGUUAGAGUUACAGAACUUGACUGGUGUUACUGUUGGUGUAUGGAGGGAUUUAUCAGGGGUUAAUGUUAAUCAGAAAUUAGGAGAGGAUGGUGGAAAAUGUAGCAUUGGAGAGUUGUACUUUCGACUGGACAAGCUUAGAAAUUGGAGUGGCAGGCAUCAACAGAGUUUGGCAGGGUUUGAGAAAAUAAGAACAGUUGGCAAGGGGGCUUAUGGUGCAGCUGUAUUAUAUAAGAAAAAAGACGAUGAGUCGUUAGUUGUGUUAAAAGAAAUAAACAUGCAUGAUCUCAAUGCUUCAGAAAGACAAUUAGCGUUAAAUGAGGUCAGUGUCUUGGCCAUGUUAGACCAUCCAAAUAUUAUCAGCUAUUAUGAUAGUUUUGAAGAAGAUGGUGUUCUUAUGAUAGAGAUGGAAUAUGCAGAUAAUGGAACUUUGGCUCAGUUUCUUGCCAAGCAACAAGACCGGUUAUUAGAAGAGAAGUGCAUUCUUGCAAUGUUUCAACAACUGGUAGCUGCCAUCAUGUACAUUCACUCACACAACAUCCUUCACAGGGAUCUAAAAACUGAUAACAUUUUUUUAACUAAAGAAGGUGUGAUAAAAAUUGGGGAUUUUGGUAUUUCUAAAAUGAUGGGAUCUGCAAGUAUAGUUGCUCAAACUGUGUUAGGGACACCUUAUUAUAUCAGCCCAGAAAUGUGUGAAGGGAAGCAGUACAGCUUCAAGUCCGACAUCUGGGCGCUUGGUUGUGUUCUUUAUGAAAUGGCCUGUUUGCAAAAAACAUUUGAAGGCUCAAACUUACCUGCUGUUGUUAAUAAAAUAAUGAAAGGGUCAUUUCCACCUUUGAAGGGAAAUUUUAGUGAUGAGUUUAAAGAUAUGGUGACUGAUAUGUUAAAGAAGAAUCCAGAUGAGCGCCCAGAGGCACAGGAUAUUAUGUAUACAAUUUUACCCCAACUUUUGAAUAAACAAGGAAGUUUAAAAUCUGAUCAGGAUGAAGCUUCCUCUGAUAGUAAACAACAUAAAGGGAAGAUUCGGUCAGUCUUGUAUUAUUUUGAAUCCUCCUCUGGAAUUCUUACCUGUGUGAAUGAUUUACCUCCUCGUAUGAAGAUAAAACAUAUGGCAGUUGGCCCGGAUCAUGUGAUCGUUACAACCACUGAGAGACAGGUGUUCUCCUGGGGUUGUGGUGGGAGUGGUCAGCUCGGGCAUGGUGAUACUAAAAACAGAGACAUGCCAACUCCUGUGGAGGGACUUAAAGGAAAAUCUAUCACCAUUUGUUGUUGUGGUUUAGGCUUCAGUGUGUUUGGUAGUGACAAUGGAUUGGUGCUGACUUGUGGCGAUGGGAGUAACGGUUGCCUUGGACAUGGGGAUUGGUGCAAUGAGACCAGACCAAGGCUGAUUGAAUCUCUGUUAAGUGUUGAUGUAAUGGCUAUUGCAAGUGGGUUGAAACAUGUUGUGGCUAUAGGCAGAUCUGGGCAAGUUUUGUCAUGGGGAGAUGGUUCAAGUGGUCAGCUUGGCCUUGGAAGUGAGGAGAGUCAGUGUAUUCCCACAGAAGUUCAUAUAGCUGAGGCUGUGGUUUUUAAAGAUGUGAACUGUGGUGUUGAUGGCACCAUGCUUAUAUCAGAUGUUGGUGGUGUUUUUGCAUGUGGUAACAAUGAAAAUAACAAACUGGGUCUGAACAACAGGCAGGGUUUUUUAAUGGCCAUGAAAAAUAUAUUUAACAAAACUGAAGUAGAUGGUAAGAAUGUUCCCACACCUGUUAGAUCCCUAGCUAGGCAUCGUGUUGUUGUGGUCUCAAUGGGCGCAAACCACACUGCCGUCAUUGUUGAACCUGGACAUGUCAUCACUUUUGGGAAAAACUCUGAAGGCCAGUUGGGUAACUUGAACUCCAAGCCGUCAGCAGCACCGGUAGAAGUAAAAACUCUAGAACAGAAAGCUGUCAACCGUGUUCAGUGUGGGGAGCACUACACCGUGGCUGGUACUAAAGACCAUGAGCUGUACUACUGGGGGUUGAGGUACAAGAUGCCACCCCCUGUAAGGUCUGAAGACACGACGAGCCAGUCUAGCUGUAAUGAAAGCAGUACUGGGGUUCAAGCAAAUUUACACAAAGAUGACAUGUGCGUUGAAAGUCUUGCCACACAGCUGAAUAGCUCAAAUGGAAGCCAGUUUGAUGAGAAGGAGGAAUUCAUAAAGAAGCACGGUAUAGCUAAUGAACCACAGGAUCAAGUAUCAAAUACUCAUGAAUCUGAUUCCCAAGGGUUUAGGCCAAUCAGUAGCAUCCCUCGUCGAUCUCUGAGUGCUAGUAGUCAAGAGAGAAGCAAGGAUAAAGAGAUUUCUAAGGAUGGAAGUAUCCUAAUUCUGCAUCCAAUGGAGCUGAUAAAGUUGAAACAAGGAAAUGAGAAAAUGUUACUGGGCAACAUUUAUUGCCAUGGGGAAAAUUUGUUUAUUCAAGUGGAGACAACUGCACCUCCACCACGACGAAGAACUUUUAAAAAGCGAAUUUUUCGUAGAAAAUCUGGUCAGUCCCUGUCGGCAACUAGUUCUAAUAGUAUAAACAACAGGGGAGGUAAAACAGAUGAUAACUCAUGCUCGUCAGAGACUUCUGAAAUGGACACACAUAGUGAUAUUCCAGCAUGGCUGAAGGAAGAACUAGCGCAAAGUGCAGCCAUAGGAAAUGAUGGCAAUGAAGCAGAUGAUACUAGUGCACAGUCAGAUGAGGAGAGGAGAACUGAGGGCAUAGACUCUUCCAUGUCUAGCAUCCAAGUGAACAGAGUUAUCUCCCCUGUUGCCAACAAUAUUUGUUUGUCUUCAAGACUCGAUCCAGUUUUUAUAAGCGGAGAUAAACUUAGCCCUCGUCAGAAUUACAGGCCCCAAACUCGCAACCGUGUGAGUUCAGUUAAUAGUUCCGGAAGCAAUACAGAUGCUUUGUUUGCUGAAACUUUCACAGACAGCAGCUCUGGAGAAGUUGGCAAAAGUUUAAAAAAACAUUCCACCUCUUCCGCUCUGCCACCCAGGGUAACACUGAACUCUAAAACAAAAUCUAAACUUCAAACCAAAACAAAAGACCGAGUAACUGUUAAAGACAAGACUCCACCCCUCGUCCCCAGGGAUAGAGGGGUAGUGCGGGGGCUGGUGUCUGAUGUUACAGCCAAGAGAAGAGAGGAGUCCCUGUUGUUUGAACUGGAGAGAGUCAAACAGGAGAAGAAACAAGCGGAUGCUAGGGUCAGGUUACUGGAGAAGGAAAGAGAAAUGCAGAAGGAGUAUUUGAAACAGGAGGCGGAGAAAAUUGCUAAAGAAAGGGAAGUGUCGCUGGUCAAUGAAGUGGAGAAACUGCGCCUUGAGAUUGAGGCUCAGAACAAUGUGCUACAAAACCACCAGCGCGUUGUGUAUGAGCUACAGCAUCAGCUGAACCUUGUCAUGGUGGAGCAGCAGAGCCUGGGGAAUGGGCUGACUCCAAGGUCUAAUGAUGAGGAGGACCUCACUCCUAGAUACGAUGGCUCAACUCAGUCAAGUAAAGGGAAGAUAAGCAAGAUUUGUUUGUUACAGUAGUUACUCUUCCUUGUCAUGGGAUCUCAAUUGUUGAUGUACAGUAAUACUAAAUGUGAUUUCUAAUUUAUUUAAUGUACAUGUAUCCUAUCGUUAAACAUUUCAUGUACUUUAAUUUAUUAUAAUACUGUAUUGUAGACAUUUUGUGGUACAGAUAAAAUAGACUAGAAUGUUAGUUUUAUUUAUUUGUAUGGAGUGAUUUUAGCUUUGUUAGUGAUUGUUAUAAGCCUACCAUCUGUGAUUUGGGUUUUAUAUAACACUUUAUCAACCGUCCAUUUUUUAAAUGUAUACAGUCUAUGUAUUAACACUAGUAUACAAGUUAUACUACACUGUAUGUAAUAAUGUUAACAUUCCAUUGUGGUUUUUUUUACUACUGCAACUCUACAUGCAGCUGUAGUAUGUGCUUUAUAUUCUCCACAAACUGUUAUUAUUUAUGAUGUGGACAAAAUUUUCAGAAUAUUAAAAUGC